GAACGUGCGGCUCCUCAGUGCGUCGGUGGCGGAGGAGGGAUGCGGUGGCUCGUGUCGCUAGCUCUUCUGCUCGGCGUGGCCGUGCGGGCCGACUACUUUAGCGCGGAAGAAGGUGAAGAAGAAGAGCUCCCAGAGCCGGUGUUUGUUAGAGCGGGGGCGAAUGUGUCCCUGCCUUGUGCCCCGACUGAAGGCCCCGUCCGCAGCCUCAUUUGGUGGAAAGAAUACCGGAAGAUAGUGGAAGUGCAUGACGAGCAGACCACCCUCUGGGAAGCAGAGCCACAUAUCAACCUGCUGAGUGAUGCUCUCUUCCUGCGUAAUGUCGUCUACUCGGACUCUGCCGAUUACCAGUGUCAGAUCAAUGACGAGCAGCGGGCUUCCAUUCGUCUUCUGGUUCAAGAUGUUCCCGAUCCACCUGGAAUGCCUUUGAUCAUCAGUUUCACCUCCCGAUCUGUCAAUCUGUCUUGGGCCCCAAGCAUUGACAACCACCACAGUCCUAUUCUGCAUUACGUAAUUCAUGUUAGAGUUGGUGAAUCGGGAGAGUGGGAAGAGUCAAAUGGCAUUAUGACAACGGGUAAUGGGACCAGCUGGCAAGUAAUAGGUCUGCAACCUUAUACAGUCUACUCUUUCAGAGUGGUUGCUGUAAAUGCAAUUGGAGCUUCUCGUCCUAGCAAAGAAUCGUAUUACAUGGUCACCCUUCGCGAAGUUCCCGAUGGAAAACCCAAUAUAACUUAUGCCCACAACACCAGUAGUAGUUCGAUUCUCAUCCAGUGGGCACCACCGCCUAAACAUACCCUUCAUGGUGAAUUUCUUGGCUAUCGUAUCACUUACCGUUUGAGAGAGAGAGUUCGUGGAGAGAGAGAAAUUACAUUAAGAGAUCCGUUAGCAACGGAAUUCACCAUCCGUGGACUGAAUGCCUUUUCACAAUAUUUAAUUUCACUUCAAGUGUUUAAUCCUGCCGGAAUAGGACCAGCUACUACAGUCGCAGUUAUGACAGAUGAAGGAGCUCCAAGUCGACCGAAAAACUUGACAGCCACUCGUAUUACGAAUAACUCAGUCAAACUAAGAUGGCUUGAACCAGAACAUGCCAACGGUAUAAUUCAAGGUUAUAAUAUUUAUCACUUGGAUGUUGGCCCAAAUCACACAGAGAGGAAAAAAGUACAAAACCCUCAACAAGUUAUGGAAUAUGUACUUGGCUCAUUGAAACCUUAUACUCAAUAUAAGGUGUGGGUAAAAGCCUAUACAGGGAAGAAUGAAGGAUUAGCAAGCAACAGUUUAGAGAUCAUUACAGAUGUUCAAAGUCCUAGUGCUCCAUUUAUUACAAAUUUGACUUGUCAAUCGAUGGACAGCAUCUAUGUUCAAUGGGAUCGCCCUAAAAUCGUUUAUCAUCGCAUUGACUAUUAUUUUAUUGCAUAUCGGUCUGAAAAUACGUGGGAUUUUGAAGAAAUAUCUGUGUCUUCUUCUCAAGAAAGACAGAGUCAUGCAAUGAUUAUUUCUAAUUUAACUUCAAAUAUGAUGUAUGAAGUUAAAAUUCAAGGAGCUAGUAGAAGUGUUGUUGAGCACUCAAAGCUGUAUAAAGGUCCAUAUUCGGAGUUAAAGAAAAUAUUUCUACAAAGUUUAACUAGCAGUGCUCUAGAAGAAGUUACUAUUGGUGUGGGAAUAAUUGCAGGAAUUAUAUCCGUCUCAUUAGUACUUCUUGUUGCCAUACUUGCUUUCGUUUUGUGGAGGAAAUAUUUCCAAGCUGCAUAUUAUUAUUUGGAUGAUCCUCCCCGAAAGCGUGCAACGUCUGAGCUCUCUAAGACCUUCGGUGAUAGUGAUGGUGGCUCUAUUGAUGUGUCAGCUUGGCCUGAUCAUGUUUGUAAUCUACAUGCAGAUGGUGAUAUAGGAUUCUCUAAAGAGUAUGAGACAAUACAACAAGCAACUGAUCUGGACUUGUCAUCCGAAUGCUCCCAGCUUGCAGAAAAUAAAAAUAAGAAUAGAUAUGUUAAUAUAGUGGCAUAUGAUCAUAGUAGAGUUAUACUGAAAAUUCUUCCUGGGCAAAAGAAAACUACUGAUUACAUUAAUGCCAAUUACAUUGAUGGAUAUAAUGAACCAAAUGCUUAUAUUGGGACACAAGGACCACUUCCUUCAACAUUUGAUGACUACUGGAGAAUGAUUUGGGAGCAAAAAGUUUAUAUUAUCAUAAUGAUAACAAAUCUAGUAGAAAGGGGAAGAAGGAAAUGCGACAUGUACUGGCCAAAAGAAGGUUCAGAACUUUAUGGUAUCGUACAAGUUAAAUUAACUCAAGAAGUCGAACUUGCAACCUACACUAUCCGCACUUUUGUUAUUCGAAAUUUAAAAGUUAAGAAAAAGACGUCAUCGGAAAGAACUGUGUAUCAAUAUCACUAUACAAAUUGGCCUGAUCAUGGUGUUCCCGAGCAUCCUCUUCCUGUAUUGAGUUUUAUUCGUAAAUCUGCUUCUGCAAACCCUCCAGGAGGUGGUCCUAUCAUUGUGCAUUGCAGCGCUGGGGUUGGAAGAACUGGAACUUAUAUUGUAAUUGAUGCCAUGUUACGUCAAAUAAAACACCGACAUUCAUUGAGUGUUCCUGGAUUUUUAAAGCAUAUUCGACAGCAAAGAAACUUCCUCGUUCAAACUGAGGAGCAAUAUAUAUUCAUCCAUGAUGCGCUGCUCGAAGCUAUUGAAAGUGGAGAAACAGAAAUUCCGGUUGCAGAUUUUUCAGAAUAUGGUCAAAAACUUCAAAUGAGUAAUAAUGAUAAUGAGAAAGAAUAUUCUCCUCUUCUAGAAAAGCAAUUCAAGCUUGUUACUAGUUUCAAAGCUAAAGAUUUCAGUAUAAUAUCUGCCACUAAAGCUUGCAAUAGAGCCAAAAAUCGUAAUCAAAACAUUAUUCCAGUAGAAUCUUAUAGGGUUCACAUUACUCCUAAGCCCGGUAAAGAUGGGUCUGAUUAUAUAAAUGCUAGUUUCUUUCAAGGAUUUAAUAAAUUGAAUGAAUUUAUUAUCACUCAACAUCCGACAUCCGAUACCAUACCAGACUUCUGGCAGAUGAUAUGGGAUCACAAUUGUCAAACAAUAGUCAUGUUAUCUUUUGUAGACGAGAAGGAAUAUCCUUGCUUCUGGCCUGAAGAAGAUAAAGAAAAUGACUACGGAACUUUCAAAGUGAAAUUGAGUGAAGAAUGCAGUCAAGGAUGUUUUGUUACGCGUGACUUUAUAUUGCAGUCUACCCAAGAUGAUUAUGAAGUCAUAUGCCGCAUUAUUGAAUGUUCAGGAUGGCCAGAAUGUUGCACACCUCUCAGCAGUGUUUAUGAUCUAGUUCAUUUAGUACAAGAAUGGCAUCUAGAGUAUCAGAAUGGUCCGAUGGUCGUAGUUGAUAGAUUUGGCGGCACAGAAGCAGCAACAUUUUGCUGUCUGAGCACGCUUCAAAAACAAGUGGAAUUUGAAAAUUGCAUUGACAUUUACAUGUUCUCAAAGCUGUAUCAUAUGCGUCGCCCCGGUAUUUGGCAAUCAAAAGAUGACUAUUGUUUCUUGUUCAGGGCUGUCGAACAAGGUUUGCUUGCCAAUCUCGAAGCAAUGCCAACUUUUAACAACCCGAUAACUAAUGGCCAUGCCCUUCCAGUAAAAGAGGAUUCAGUUAUUUGAAACUUUUUUGUUUACAAUAUAGUUAGCUACUUUUGACUGUUUUCUUUGUGUGCCUCACAAAAUGUGGCAAUCAGGACAACAAAACCUCGCUAUUUUUUGACUAUGUGGAGGUCGUGUUUCUAAUGUUGUGUAGUAUAUUGUUAUGUGAUAUGAUAUUUUCUAUGCAAAGCUAGAUAGAAAGGAGGAGACAAUCCAGUCAAUGUAAUGAAAUGUAUCAGGGUAUACUAACGUUUCAAAUUGUUAUCUGAAUUUAUGAUAACAUUUAUACAGAAAUAACAAUUUUAACACAGAUGCAUACAUUCUCCAGAACAUUCCAUUAAACAUUAUAAGAUUUUUGAAAAACAAUAAUUCUUAUAAAUUAGAUAUAAUUGGAAAAAAAUAUCUUUCUUUCAAAAUUAUUUGUCAUAAAUUGGUAUAAUUUUUUUUUAAUUAUUCAAAUUCAAGCUACAGACAGUUUAAGUUGCAAAUUCGAUUUAAUUUUAAAAUUUCUAUUUGUAUAAAUUUUGUAGUAUCUUGGAGGGAAUAAUACUGUGCAAUACUACCACUAUUUGUUAUUGUCUUGUUCAUAUAAAGUGCUGUCUUAAUUUUUUUUGUAAAGCUCAGUGCUGAAUAAUCAAAACGUUUGUUAUUAAUUGAGACUUAGGGAUUUUGUUGCAUGUUAAUUGAAUAAUCCCAUGUUUUGUUGCCUUUAUUUAAUUUUACUAUAUGGUUAAAUCUUGUCAUCAUUUGUAAAUUUGUAUAUUAAAGCAGCUGUCGUGUGGUAUACAAUUAUGUUUUAGAGUGUAGCAUUUAAAUCUCCUUAAAAUUUAGCACAAGGCUUAUAAAAUACUCAUAUUUAUAAGGUCCUCAUGUAGCCUGAUAACAUUUUUAGAAGACUUUAAAACUGCUGGAAUCCUUUAGAAAUAAAAUUAUUUUUUAAAUGAUAGGUAGCCCUGGCUCAUUUAAACUAUUAUGAAGUUUAUUGGCCCAUAUAGUUUUGCAUAUAAGGCAACAUGAUAUAGAAAAUUAAAGUUUUCCUCAUGAAUCUGUGGUUUCAAGCUAUAUUGUUCGAAUUAGCAUUCGAAUUCUAAUACAAUUUUAGCUAUUCGAAUAAAAAUUAACGCAUUACUAUUUUUUAUAAUGAUAUUAAGUGUAUAAAGCAUUUGCAAAAUGUAACACAAUAAUUCAGAAAAGAAGGAUUUUCGGCAUGCAUGCAGAUUUGAAUAUUAGAUUUGUAUUUUUCAGAAUACAAUCGCAUCAUUAAAAAUAAACCUUAAUUCAUACCAGGAAGUUCAAUGUAAUAUUGAUGAUAACUAACAGUUAAAAAUGGAUAAUUCUGUUUAUCUGGAGCCUGAACUCCAUUCAUGUGCAUAGCUAAAAAUGUCUUUUAAAUAUUGGGUUUAAAUCUGCUAAGACGAUCUAAUAAGGAUCUGAAAAUGUCAUGUUUACCUUUUAACAUGAAAGUAGAAUAAAUAAAGCAUUCAAUUUGAUCCCUCCUGCACAUUUUGGUAAUCACUGCACAGCAAUUUUUUUAUUUGAAAACAAAAUCUUUUUUUUCAGGCCAUAAAUAAGAUUUUAUACUGUAUAGUGUAUAAUUAAUCCUCUCACAACAAAGUGACUUUAAUGAACUAAAAGUCCUCCUAUUUAAAUGUUUUAUAAUGUGCUAUGAAUUAUUUUCCUUAUGCAAGCUCUUAGCUUAAUGUACAAUUUGCACAUGCAACACUGAGCAAUUAAAAAGUACUUAUGUCUUAACAGUUAAACUCUUUUUUUUUGUGUCAUGAAAUUUUACUUCAAAUUUCAGACUUCGAAAAAAAAAUAGUACUGUUUCACUGUAUUUUUCAAUCUUGGGCUGAUGACAGAAGAACUUCAUGCUUAGAGAGUUUUUUCACAAGCUUUUCAUUUCAUUACUAUUAGCAACUGACAUUUUUUGUGAAAAUGUGUAAAAGUAAUUCAUCUGUAUAUAUUCAUUAAGCAAAGCAUGAUUUUAAUUAUAUUUGUAUAAAUAUACGUACUCUUGUCUAUGUACAUUUUGCAUUGCAAAAAGGAAUGCUCUUUCAUCUUAUGUUAUUUAAUAAUCUUAUACUCUAUGAAUUAAAUUUUCCAAAAAGUAGGUAAAAUUUUUUGGAAAAUUAACUUUGCAAAUUGAAAAGAAUGUCUAAUAUCAAAUGAAUCUGACAUAAAAAGGGAGUGUCUUCUUCAAUUAUGAUUUCAGUCCAGUCAAAAUUAACCUUCAUUUUUCAGAAAUAGUUUCAAAAUUGGAUUUAGAUUUUUUUUUAGAGAGGAUUUUAUGUUUUGGAAACAAAAGUUUAAAGAAGAUAAAUUUCAAAAUGUGAAAAUAGUUUUUUUUUUUUUGCAUUAAUAUUGUAAUUAAAAAUUAAAAAUCUGAAAUAAAUAUUAUUCAAUUUUCAAAGUUAUUAAUACACAUUUUCCCUUUAAUUAUUAUUAACUAUUUUAACUUUAAUUAUUUACUGAUUUUUUUCUUGUUUUAAUCAAAUUGUUUUAAAUUUAUGUAGCGUCUUAGCAAGAAUAAUAAUACGUAUAGCCUUUUCAUUUUAGUGGCGGUAAUUUUUUUCUAGUGUUUAUGAUUGUUAACAUUGGAUACACAUUUUAAAACAAUUAACAUAUUUUUAAAUAUUAGAAAUUUAAUUUUUAAAAAUUAAUUAUUCUUUCAAGUCAAUAAAAUAAUUUUAAAAAACUACAUUCCAUUUACCUUAAAAUUUCGUAAUUGUAUUAAUAUCUAUUCUAUGCUUUCUUAUUUAGAUUAUUAACCUUAUAUUGGCAGCCUCUAAAAAACUAAUUUAUUCAUUUUUAUCGAUUUCUGUACAGAAUUUUGCUCAAUUAUGGAAUUUGGUUAAAAGGCAUAUAACUGUAUUUGGCUUGACUAUAUUUUUAUGGAUAUUAAUUAAUAGUGUGAAAGCAUGCUAAAAUGCAAUUUAGAUUCCCUAAAUAACUUGUUACAUAUAUAUUACUAUUAUAUACAAGUUGCUUUGCAAUUUUAUAUAGCUUUAUGUUUUUCUAUAUAUUGUGUCUGGAAAAAUUUAAUGAUUUUAUAUUGACUAAAAUGGCAUUUUGAAAUUAAAGCAAUGCUAGUUUUUUCAACCCAUCAUUUAUAUAUGAAUUUUUUAUUCUAAAUAUAUAUUUAUUCCAUUUAAAAGGCAUUUGGCUUUUAUAUUUCAAAGUAUUUUCAUUUGGAGUAAUUUGUUAUUUGUAACACUUUCGUAAUAUUUUAUAUUGCUAGUUUUUUUAUAAAAAAGAUUAAUGGAACUAAAUAUCAUUUUAUAAUUGUGUCUCAUUUUUGUAAAUCUGUUUAAGAAAGUAAAUAUAAUACACAUAUCAUUUUUGUAUUUGCAUCACAAUAUGAUCUUGUCGUUAAUCUGGUGCAAAUAUAUUGAACUAAAUAGUUACUUUUUCAGUUACGUUUUCCGUAUUUAUACAUGCAAUUUGCCCUCCCUUCUUUUUAAAAAGAAUCAUCAUUAAGAUUUUUAACGGAAAUUGAUAACCAUAGACACUCAGAAUUAAUUUUUUCUAAUAUCAAUGAAUUAAUUAUUUUCCCAUCUUUUCUUCUGUUACUUACUACACUGAGAAAUUCAGAAACAUUGUCUUAGCCUUUACUAUAAACUUUUUAAUUUCUGGAAUAUACCUGUGUACCUAUAUUCUACAUCACUAUAUUUCAAGGAACUUACAUGAGUUAAAAGGAUAUAUAAUGCUCUUAAUAUAUACCUAAUUGCAUUAGUAACUCUUAUGGGCUAUUUUUGAGUAAAUUGAAAAUGUAAUCUUCAUAUUUACUAAUGAUGUGACUGGACUUCAUAAAAAUAUAUACUCUUUUUGUAAUUUAUAAUUUACUUGUAAUUUCAUGGUACCCCAAAAGUGUCUUCCACAGAAAUUAGAAAUUCUCAUUAAAUUGAAGUAUAAAAAUAAUAAUUUAAAUCUCAAUUUUGAAAAUUUUAUGAUGAAAUGCAGAAUAUUCAGAAUGAUUGCUUUAAUUUCACUUCAUUUAAAAUAUUUUUCUACUAAUGUAUUUGCAAUUGAGAAAUGUAUUAAAACAAAUUUUUAUUUCUAAUUUUCACUAAACAGUGACAUCUACUUAAAUCAAAAUGUUGAUUUGCAUGUUUGCAUUCAGAUCACACUCGUGUUUUAUUUUGUAUUCUUUCUUCUAUACUACUUUUAUUAUUUUUUGAGAUCUGUUUGUGUGAAAACUGUAUAUUAGAAUAAAGAUACUUGAUGAAAUCUGAGUGUUUUACAGACAAUGCUUGUGAUGUAAUUUUUGUUUGCUCUUAGAACUAUAACUAUUCAAGUGACAUUAUGAUAGUAAGUUAAACAGCUUAAAUUCAUUUAAUAGAGUGUUUUAUUAUCCUUAUGCAUUUGUUGUGUUUGUAGCAGUUUCAAUUAUAUCUAAAUGCAGUGAAUGUUCUUGAUCAUGUGUUAUACUUUUGUAUGAGGAAUUAUAUACUUAAUAUAAAAAAACUAUUCUAGUCAACAAAAUGUAUUUAUUUGUACAGCAUACUCACUUAUUAAAUGAUGCUUUAUGCUUUGUUUCUACAUUUAAUGUGUGUUUAUAGAAACAAAUGAUAGCAUUUGAUGGUUCUUUGUUCUUAGAGUGGUCUUCUAUCCUGUUUCUGGAAAAAUUUCAGAACAAAGCUUACAGUAGUAAUGAAUAUUUUAAUCGUCACUUUUUUUUUGUUGGAAUACAGUCCAAUUCUACAUUUUUUAAAAUUUUAAAUUGAAUAAAAGUUGAUAUGAGGUGCAAGUAUCAUGUGCCAUUAUUGUUUGAUUUCUAAAAAAAAUAUCUCCUUAUGAAAAUCCAUGUAAGAAAGAACUGUAUCAAAAUAAUGAGCAGGCGUAGGUCCCAAAAUGAAAAGAAAUUUCUUUAAUGAAGCAGUUUUCACUAAAAUAAUGUAUUCAUUGAACUAGCAAUUAAUUAUUACCUUGUUAUGGUGCGGUAACCAGCAGCACAUGAUUGAAAUGUUAAAAAAUCAGUGCCUUGAAGUGCAGUGUGAAGUAGAUGUGUGUGUAAAAUUAAUAAACAAUUGUGUUAUGAAAUAUGUGGGAAAUUAAUAUAAAUAAGGAAUUAAUAUACUUAAUUCCUUAUUAAUAAAAAGUUUCUUAUAUUUAAACUAUAUUAUUAAAAUUUAAAAAAAAUAGCAAAAAAAAGUAUAAUUACACUUGGAACAUGAUUCAUCGAAAUGUAUGUCAUUGUUUGUGCAUUUUUGUUAAAUUUUGUUACUGUAACUAUUCUUUGGAUUAGAAAGGAUAAGUGUAUUGUAAAAUUAUAUGUCAUAGUGCAGUUUUUAAAUUUAUUGAAAAGCUGAAAGAUCAUUUAAAUAUUUUAACAAAUUAUGUUUUUCACAAUUUUAUUGAUUUGACAAAUUUUAAAAAGGGAUACAUCUUUACCAAGAUUUUGUCUUUAUACAUGCAGGAUAACUUUUAAUUGCACUUAUUGAAUUUUUAAAAACUGCCUUGAAUAUUAAUUCUUUAUAAUGUCCCCUGAAAACUUAGAAAUGGAUGUUUGACAAAUUAUAAAAACAUAAGUAUAUUAUGUAGUACAAUUCAUUGAAUAGCAGGAACUAUAAUUUUCUUCGUCACAGCAAUUUUUUAAGUUGAAGUAAUUGGGUGAUAGGUCAUGUAAUUUCACAUUUAUUUUCGACUGAAAAAUAUAUUUUAACAUUGCUACAAAUUCUAUGUUUCUUGUCCUCCCCCCCCCCCCUUCUGACAGAUGAUUGAUGCUGCCUUUAUUUUUCUCUUGUGAAAAAGUUGUAACUACAAUCUGUAAUUUUUUGUGGGUAUUUCAGUUUCAAAAAAUCAUUUUUAAUGUCUCAGUUUAAGAUGAUAUUUCUGAAAUGCCAGUAAAGAUUUUUGUUCAAUAAAACCGUAGAAUUAUCCAUACAUUAUUUAAAAAAAAUCAUCUAUUAAAUAAGGUAAACAUUUGGAUUAUUUUUUCUAUGAUCAUGCUAACAAAUGACACUUUUCAAUAUAUUACAUAAAAUAACUCUUUACAAGAAACAAUAUAAACGAUGUUGAAUAUUUUACGAAAUGAAAUAUUUGAAAACUUUGCCAUAAUUAAAUUAAAAAUACGAUUAAUAAUUUGGUAAUAUAAAAUGAAAAUCUUUUGUUCAGUGACACUCAUUUUUCCGUUCAGUUUUGAUCGAAGUUUUAUGUUAAAUCUUAAGAGUAUGAAAUACAAUAAAAUAGAAAAAAAUUGCAUGUUUAUUAAAGAUUACCGUCUGUUCAUUUUGUUAUUUUGAUAAAUUUUAAAAUGUCUUUAUUCUGUUUCUUAAGCAUUUUUUUAAAAAUUCUAUGUAUGAAAUUGCCAUAAAAAAGUGUUCAUUGUAGGCCCUAAGCUAGAACCUCUUAACUUUGAUUUAUAUCAAAGUAAGAAGUUUAUUUUUUUACUGUAUGAAUAGUUCCUAAGAAAAUCGAAAAAAUAUAUAAUUAAGCUGAUUUGAAAGAAAUAUAUAUCUAGAAUUCAUGUUUAUUCUAUUUAAAUAUACCAACUGUAUAGGAGAAAGUGCUUUCGAGAUUUUUAAUAACUUAUAAGGGCAAAAUUUACUUUCAGAUUUAUAUUUUAUUAAAAUCAACAAGAUGUUUUAUAUUAUUGGAUGUCUUCCAUUUAAUUAUCUUUCAAUUGAUUUUUAUGUUGUUACUGUUUUUAAGUGAUAUUUUUGUAGUGAGUGAAGCUUUCAAAAAAAGUACUUCAUAAAGCAAAAUUGAAAUUUGCAUUAUUUCAAGUUAGAGCAAAAUUUAAGAAGAAAAAAGUCUAUCCUAUCUUUUCUUCACAAUUCGCUAUAUAAAGAAGUGUAAGAAAUUAAAUACUUACAUUAUCAUUAUGACAGCGCUCCAUUUUGUUCAAAAUAAUCUUUGUUUUUAAUCUAAAAAUGACCUUUAACUUUUAUAUGAUUUUAUAUUUCACCAUCUCAAAGUAUUUGUACAUAUACCCCACAUUCCACUAACUGUGAUGAGUUAGUUAUUUUUGUGGCUGCAAAAAUUGCAUACUUUUUACUCAUGAAUCUGAAUUAGAUUUUCCAAGUAUUGCCUUUUAAAAUAUUCAUAUGUAAACAAUUAAAAAGAAUUUAACAGAAAUGGCAUGACAGUUGUAUGUAUUAAAUCCUUUUGAUAAUAAAAAUAUUAACAAAAGUAUUAAGAACAUUCAUAAUUAAAAUAUCGAAUUAAUUUUUUAAUAUUGAAUUCCUUAUCUCUUUAUCAUUUAAAAAUCAGUUAUCAGCUUUCUCACAAAGAUGCCCUGUUAAUAAAAUAAUGUAAUACACUUGGUAAUUUAAUGAAUUUUUAAAUAUAAUUAGUUGUAUGAUAAUUAUUGAAUCACCAUACCAAUAUUCUAAUAUAUUUUCUACCCUUUAUUUUUGCACAAGGAAAAUUAUGUGAGUAAUUAAUGUAAAUAUUUAGCAUUGUAUGUUUAAUUUUCUGCUAUUUUUUUUGAUGAUGUGAAUUUAAUUUUUUAAAUUCAUGUGAUUUAUCCAUCAAAUAGGGUGCAUAAUUAAACUAAAGCAUGUGAAAAAAAAAUAGUUCAUUAAUCUGUGCCAUAAAAUGUAACUCAUUUUCGUCAUUACUAUAAAUUUUGCAUUAUUUUCAAUUCUUCCUGUCAAUUUUCAAAAAUGGUAAGACUGAAGGAAAUAGGCCUAUAAAAAAAAUUGAUAUGAAUGCAAUAACGGAUUGGCAAAUAAAUUAGUAAUAUUUUAAAUUUUACUGAUGUGAAUAUAUUUUUAAAAAGCUUUCUUUUUACUGAGAUAGAAGACUCGGUUAAUAAAUAAUUAUUAAAGAUUAGAAUAGGUAGAACCGUAUGUUUAUUUGCGUAAUUGUGAUUAAAGUAUUAAUGCAUGUUCUGAAAUUUUUUUUCUGAAUGAUAAAUUAACUAUGCAAUUAUAUAUAAAAAUAAGCAAUAAAAUUUUUAGAUAUUUACUAAAUAUUUGAGAAUUGAAAAUUAUUUUUUGUGAGGAAAUACUUCAUGAUAGUCUUUGCUAUGAGAGAAAAUUUAUAAUCUGUGAUUUUUUAGUUGCUACAUUGAAAGUAAAUUUUUUAUAUUCUUGAAUUUUUAUACCGCAAUUUUAUAUCUAUAAAGGAUUUGCAGUUAUGGGAAAAUGCUAUUACCAAACAAGGCAACUGUGCUUGUAUUCUUUUGAGUAACAGCAACAUGCAUGGAUUAUCAUUUUUAGAAAGUCAUAAAUAACUUGAAACAUUUCAUGCGCAAAUUAGAAAAUAAAAGUUAAAGCACUAUUAAAUUGAAUAUCGUACUUCUUUAGAUAUACAUUUAUUGAAUCAUUUUGGAUUUAAUUUAAUAUUAACUGAUUCAAUCUUAAUGAAUCUUUUAGACUUAGAACUUUAUUGUAAAACUUUAAGUUGUUCAGAUACAGAUUGUGAUUUUUUACUGAUGUAAAUGUAUAUUAUUGUUACAUACGAAACAAUAUAGUUUGUUCCUUAAAUAAAAUGCAUUCUUUGCUAUGAAUAAGAACUGGUUUCUUUUUUUAUAAUUAUUUGUGCUUGGAUUUCUUUGCAAAAAGUAAUGCAUAACUUUUCUCUAAUUCUGGAUGCUUAAUGAAGCUUGUAGCAAUUUCAGUUCCUGCUGUCUUUUUGAUUGUUGGAAUAUAUACUACAUUCCAAUUAAAACAGCAUUGUUGAACCAGACAUGUUUAAGUGAAUGUAAUCAUGUUUUACUUCAAAUCUUCUAGUUAUAUGUUUAGCAAUAUUUAUAAACUUAAUGCACAAAUACUUGUUUGGUAAAUGUCUGCACAGUAAAAAGUGGCUGUAGUUAUGAUGUAUGUAAAUAUUUGUAUUUUGUUGUAAAUAAAGUUUCUUCAUAAUUCGUA